CCCUUUGUCCGUCACUCUCUCGACUGAAAAAUGCCAAAGGGAGACUUUUGUUUUUGAGAAGCACCACCCACAAAGCUAUGCAGAAGUAAAAGACGAUAUCAGGUGAAUAAUGUGAGUUUGUUUGCCAGUCAACAGUUAACAGAUACUGAAGUUUGUCUCUCACGAGCGUUGACUUGAUUUAUAUUGUAUUCAUCGCUCACCUCGCGCACACUUGUUGGACAUGGGCUUUAUUCUGACCAAGAUGCUGGCUGUGUUCGGUGACAGAGAGCACAAAGUCAUUAUUGUAGGUCUGGACAAUGCUGGAAAGACAACCAUCCUCUAUCAGUUUCUGACGAAAGAAGCCGUGCACACAUCACCAACCAUCGGCAGCAACGUUGAGGAGAUCAUCGUACGUAAAACACACUUCUUGGUUUGGGAUAUCGGAGGACAAGAGAGCCUUCGAGCCAGCUGGUACUCGUACUACUGCAACACAGAGAUUGUCAUUCUGGUUGUGGACAGCACCGACCGUGAACGUCUCACGCUCACCAAAGAGGAACUGCACCAAAUGCUCGCACAUGAGGACCUACAGAAUGCAGCCGUGCUUAUUUUGGCCAACAAACAGGACGUGAAGGGCUCGAUGACGGCGGCAGAGAUCUCCCAGUGCCUCACACUCGACUCCAUCUCCUCACACUCAUGGCAUGUUCAAGCCUGCUGCGCCCUGACAGGAGAGGGUUUACCUGCCAGUCUGGACUGGAUGAAGUCGCGGGUUGUUGCAAAGUAGAAGAACACGCUCCAGUGGGAGAAACUUCCUCGAACUGAGCCAACCUGGAAAGGCACUGCAGAGGCCGCAGUGUCAGGAUUAUUUACAGUGUUAUUGGGGCAAAGUCCUGUGAACAUGGCGUCUGUGAUAGAGCCUGCACCUACAGUAUGUCUGACCCAGCUGUGUGAGGCCACGGGGUGGGAGAGCAACAGAGAAACCUGGGUGAUCUCAGAGUCGGUUUUCGACUGGUUUCAUACUGUUCAAGAACCACUUGUUGUUUUUUUUAAUAAUCUUGAAAAGUUUAUUUAUAGAGUAACAAGGCAAUUCAAAGUGCUUCAAAAAAAACUUCAAAAGCAUUGGGACAAAAUGCAAAAGAAACACGCAACCAAAUUAAUUAAAAUACAAUUAAAAACAGUCAUUAAAAAGUCAAGAGGAUACAACAAUAAAACUAGCUCAAAUAGAAUAAGAUAGGUAUAAAAUACAAGAAUAAAAGUUUAAGUGCAGUGUAAGAAAUGAAUAAUUGUUUAAUUUAAGAAAAGUCUUCCGUCUUCAUUUAAAAGAACUGAGGGUUGCAGCGGUUCCAGAUAUAUGCUGCUAAACUGAAAAGUGUUUCUCAGUUGUGGUUACGAACAUGAAGACAAUAAGGGAGUGUUAAUGCGCAUUUUGUUAAGGGACCCAUGUAGAGAAUCACACAUUCUUACCUGACCAGUAAUGUGACAUUUCCCUCUAGUUUCAAUGGGAUUCAUUCAACAAGUUGUACCAAAGAUGUUACUUCACUUGAUGGUAAUGGAUUACAUUACAUUAUAAGUGUUGUUCAUCUCAUAUUUAAAUGUUAUUAGGCUUAUCUGGUGCCCUUUCAUUCCUCCUGUGCAUACACAUUAAGCUCUGAGCGUGGCAAUCAUGAUCUACUUUUAACCUUUGAUUUGCGAUUCCUCUCAGCGAUUCCUUUCUCUUUUACUUUACCUGAACUACUUCUGCUGCAACCGAAUUCAGUACCUCACUAGUUACAAAACAAGCUGCCUAGUAUUAAGCCUCUAUCAUGGGCACAAUAACUGUGAAGCACAUACUGUACCUUCUGUGGCCUGAGAAACUCUGCAAUAUUUGGAUCCAAGUUUGCCCCUAAUGUAUAAAAUUAUAUUUUAUGCCAUUGAACAACAGGACUCAGAAUACAAAGCUCUAGAACUAUUUACUAUAUAUUACAGGACAUUCCUGAAUAGGAAAAUGAGCUAGCUGCUAAUGACUAUGAGUCAUAUGUUAAUUAUAUAUUAAGUAUAUUUUGUAAUGUGUACAUUUUUUUUUAAAUAAAUAUUUGAAAUAUG